AUGGUGACAUCAGGUGUGAUGCUGGACUGGGAUGCAUUGUGCCAAACAAACUACCGAAAAGCUUUCCGAUCUUUGUCUUGGGUGAAGGGUGAGCUUCCCAAAUCUUACAUCCAUAUCUUUCUGACAACGACCGACAAUGGAUCCGAUCAACUGGCUUGUCGAAGCCAUCUGAACUUGGAGUUUUCCAGCAAUCCGGGCUUGGAUUCACAAAUAUUUUUGGGUCUGUCCUGUAUGAAGCACCAAUACCAUCUCAUAGCAAAAUCUCACCUUCAGCUUUGUGAUGUCUACGCUCGGAAAUUGAGACGUGCGUGGAAAUAUUUCAGCGCCCUGGCGACACUUUGUCAUGUUUGGCGCGGCCAUUUGUCAAAGAUUCAUGCCAUAUGGUAUCAGCAACAUCAACACGAUGCUGACUUCCUCAAACAAGUAGCGACGAACAAGAUGCCUCCUUUGGCAGUGGCUGGUAGGUGGGCUAGUGUUGAUGGUGUUGAAGACUUCUUUCUGGCCACAGGGGCAGGGAACAUUGCGAAGUUGUUUGCUGAUACUUUUGGAGAAGCACCGAUGACUGUAACAACCAAACGCAAAGAUGGCGAUGGUACUGGCGAAACCAGUGGCGAUGUGCUCGAUGAACUAGCACUUGAUGACUCGACUUACUACAAACAAAAAAUCACCAAAUGGGUGAAGAAUGCGCUGCAUACUGUUGGUGACUCAAGCUUUUGGUUCAUGUUAUUUGUGGCUCACAAAACCAGGAAUCCUCUACUUCAUUUCUACCGGAUCCUUUGUGUGAACUUCAAAGGUGUGACAGAUUCUGGUCGCAUGCCAGUGGUCGAGCUUGUUUCCUAUCGGAUAGACACCAUUCGGCAAGAGUAUGAUGUCAUCCUGCAAAGAUUUCAUGAAUGGACAAAGCAAGCUAAAUCGUUUGCUAAAACAAAUUCUGAAUCUCUAUGCUUUGACAGUGGUGCUGCUGCGAGUGGGAGCGAAGACAUCACUGACGCAUCUCUGUUUGGACUGGCGGCUGCGCUUCUUCUUCACAACGCGGCUGCAUUUGAUCGACGCGUAGCACGCCUGUUCAACAGGUACCUUGGUUGUGAUUGGGCUAGCAAGGCAUGUGACAUGUGUUCAUAUGUGUGA